AUGGCGUUAUUAAAAUUAUUACGUUGCUUGCUUUCCUUUUUUUUUUUUUUUUUUCCUUUUUUUUUUGCGGCCGUACGCGUUACGGCGCGGAUCGCUUUAAACGUAAUUAUCGACGAAUCCGGUAAAAGCGCGUUAAAAAAAAAGGCUUUGGGCAAAAGCAAAGGGCCCGUCCCUUUGCGGGGUUGGCCUUUGCCCUUUUUAACCGGAGGAAAAAAGGAAGGCGGCGCUUUUUGCUCGUUUGGGUUUGUUUUAAAUAAACCUUUAAAAGUUUUAAACGCUUUUGGUAUUGCGAUUGGGGGCGCCGCAAAGGUGCCGUUUGUGGUUGCAAUUAGUAUAUCCGGUUUUGGGGUAAGCAAAGACCGCUAUUUUUUAAAAUAUUUGGAAUUAAAAAUUUAUGCGCGUUUGGAUUCGGCCCGUUAG